AUGGCCUAUCGUAGUGCUGACCUCAGAGUGGUGAUCACUCUGCUGAAGGCAGCGACAAGAGCGACAGGUCGCACUUUCCUUGCAGGCACUACUCAUGGUGUUGACUUCAGAGUGGCUGUCGUUCUGCUGAAGGCAGCGAUGGCCAAUCGCACUUUCCUUGCAGCCGCUACAGCAUUUCGUAGCGCUAACCUCAGAGCGACAGCAAGCAACACUUUCCUGGCGCUCCGUACGCUUAACGAGGGAUCAGCUGAAUCUAGGACUUGGAAGUCCCUCAGCAGCACAGUCGUCUUUCAUAUGUUGGAUAUCGCCAGUAAAGAAUUCGUCCUCGUUGAAAACCACAUCCCUAACGGCAACGACCUUGUUGCCGUAUGCACGGAGAUGGACUUGGCUCGGCUUGCGGUCUUUAACCACUAUGCCGUCUCUGCAGACCAGAUAAACAGCAGCCCUGUAAAUCUCAACCCAAAGGAAGGCUUUCUCCUUGAUCACACCCCCUGA